AUGUUGCUGUCUACGAACUCCAAGAAACAUAAAGUGACCGUUGUUGGGUCUGGUAACUGGGGCACUGCAAUCUCGAAAAUUGUCGCCGAGAAUACGUUACAGCACAGUGACAUAUUCCAAGAAACAGUAGAGAUGUGGGUGUUUGAGGAAAAGGUGGAAGUGCCGAAGGAUUCGAAGCACUACAGUGCCUCCGACCCUCUCUGCCAAGGCACUCAAAAUUUAACGGAGCUCAUCAACAAGUACAAUGAGAACGUGAAAUACCUCCCGGGAGUCCCUCUCCCCAAGAACCUUCAUGCGAAUCCGUCGUUGGAAGACGCUGUCAGAGACUCCUCGAUCCUGAUCUUCAACCUCCCACACCAAUUCAUUAUCCGCAUCUGCGACCAGCUCCAAGGGAAGAUAUUGCCUUAUGCUCGAGGCAUAUCCUGCAUCAAGGGUGUUGACGUACAAGAAAGCGGGGUUAGUCUGUUUUCCGAAACCAUUGGCAAGAAACUAGGAAUCUACUGCGGCGCCCUCUCUGGUGCCAAUAUAGCGAACGAGGUGGCUAAAGAGCUCUGGUGUGAAACCACCAUCGGCUACGACCCUCCUCCCCUUGACUCCAAGGCCCCUACGCCCGCUGGCGGCACACCCUCUCAAUCACAGGUAGACAUCGUCUCUUUCGAACACAAGGAUACCUCUGGUCAAUAUUCUAAAGUGAAACUUCGGCCUCUACCUAUCGACUACCCACCGAUCGACCACGGCCUUUUCAAGGCACUGUUCCAUCGCCCUUAUUUCCAUGUACGAGUUGUGAGCGAUGUAGCUGGUGUUUCUCUCGGAGGAGCCCUCAAGAACAUCAUUGCCGUCGCAGCCGGCUUCGUGGACGGUUUGGGAUGGGGUGAUAAUGCGAAGGCUGCAGUCAUGCGUGUCGGUUUGUUGGAGAUGGUGAAGUUUGGUACUCAAUUCUUCGCCAACUCGAUCGAUACAAGGACGUUCACCGAGGAGAGCGCCGGUGUUGCCGACCUCAUCACUAGCUGUAGCGGCGGGCGAAACUUCCGUUGCGCAAAGCUCAGCGUUCAGCGCAAGGCUCCCAUUGAGGAAAUCGAAAAGCAAGAACUCAACGGCCAGAAGCUCCAAGGUACCCUGACCGCCAUCGAAGUCAACAAGUUUUUGAAGAAUCAAGGCGUGGAGAAUGAAUAUCCAUUGUUUACUGGGGUUUAUCGCAUCCUACAGGGCGAAAUGAAGGUGGAGGAAAUCCCCAAAUGCCUCGAGUGUUGA